AUGUCCGUAAGCCAAAGUCCAGCAUUAAUUAAUAAUGCUAACAACGAUACGCAAAUUUCAAUUAACACCGUGAGAGAUAUAAUUAAACAAGAAAUUAAAAAUGCCCUUAAAGAAGUAGUUACGGAACAGUUUGCUAAGAUGAACGAUGUUUUGUCAAGCUUUCAACAAUCCCUUAACUUCUUUAAUGAUCAGUACGAGUUAAUGAAGGUAUCUCUAGAGGAAAAAUCUUCAAAAAUCGAAAAACUUGAAAAAAAUAAUAACAUUCUGCAAACCUCUCUCACAGACUUAACAAUACGUAUGAAUCUCCUAGAACAACAUUCAAGGUCUUGUAAUAUUGAACUACAAAAUGUUCCCGAAAGUAAAUCGGAAAACCUAAUAAGCACAGUAUUGCAACUAAGUAAAAUAGUAAACCAUGACGUAAAAGAUGCUGACAUUAUUCAUUGCACCAGAAUUGCUAAAAAAGAUACUGAGAGCAAUCGACCGCGGUCGAUUGUUGUAAAAUUUUCUAGUUCUCGUCUUCGUGAUGGAUACCUUGCAGCGGCUAUAAAAUUCAAUAGAGUAAACGCUAAGAAUAAACUUAAUACCAGUCACAUCGGAAUGGCAGCAGACAAAAAACAACCUAUAUAUCUAAUGGAACACCUUUCUGCUCAUAACAAGGCUAUACAUGCAGCUGCUAGAAUCAGGGCUAAAGAAAUCGGCUAUAGAUUUGUUUGGAUUCGACUCUCGGACCAGAGCAAUAAAAAGGUAUUGGGAUUUCCGAUCAAGAAACACCCACUCAAAGCCUCCACCAAAGUCUCUUUUACCGUCAUCUCAGAGAUUAUGUACGCCGACGAUCUCUGCUUCGUAGCUGACACUACUGCGGGCCUGCAAAACCUUAUUACAGGCCUGGACAACGCUUGCACUAAAUUUGGUCUUAAAAUUAAUGUCAAGAAGACAGAAGUGAUGACCAUGGGUGCUCAUAUAUCACCAAGUGUAUCGAUUGGGGCAGAGGGUUUAAAGCAUGUUGAUAAAUUCAAAUACCUUGGUAGUACAAUAACAUCAAAAUGUGACCUGGAUGCAGAAAUAAAUAACAGGAUUGGCGCUGCAGCUGCAGCUUAUGGUAAAUUACGUACCAGGGUAUUUCGAUCACAUGAUUUGAAGCUUAUGACUAAAAUCGGUGUCUAUAUGUCUGUAGUGUUGCCUAACCUACUAUACUCGUGUGAAACCUGGGUACUAUACCGCAAGCACAUUCGUACACUCGACAGAUUUCACCUCAAGUGCCUCCGGGACAUCAUGAACAUCAGAUGGUCAGAUUGUGUAAGGAACACAAAUGUGCUAAGGAAAGCAAAUGUCGGAGGUAUUGAGAUGUAUCUGAUGAGGCGACAGCUCCGUUGGUGCGGACAUGUAUCGCGUAUGCCGGAAAGUAGGGUGGCGAAACGCAUCCUCUACUCAGAACUCCAGUACGGUAAACGUAAACGUGGUGGCCAGUACCUUAGAUACAAGGAUGUUCUGAAAAGACAUAUGAAACGGUGCAAAAUAGAGCCAUCUGAGUGGGAAGAUAAAGCAGCUGAACGUACAGAGUGGAGGCGGCAAGUUAACGUUCAAGUGAAUAAAUUCGAGGUUGAACGUUGCCUAGACCUUAACAAGAAGAGAGAUGAGUUAAAGGCCCGACCACCAGCUGCCAUAGUCUUUAACUACGUUGACGGGGUUUUAACAUGCCCGAAAUGCGGUCGUACCCUUAUUAACAAGAUUGGGUACAUAAGUCAUAUUAGAGCGCAUCAGAGAGCAGAACAACGGAGCUCUCACAUUACAUAAAGUAACUUUUACUUUUAUGUAAUUUCUUACUAUAUUUGUCUAGAA